GAGGAGACCCCCGCAGACUUACAGGAUUUUCUAGAGAUUUUCGGUACUGGUGCCGCCCACGACGCCCAGCAGAGCAGCAGUAACGACAGCAGGUACUGGACGGCGGCACACAGCAGUCGUUCCAGCAGUCAGUUAGGGCACUACGGUGACUUAGCGACCGGUUCAUCCUGUGGUCCAGUGGGACUCAUUAAUGGCCCGGCUGGUUCAUCCUGUGGUCCAGUGGGACUCUUUGAAGGUGGUUCAGGGACAGCUGUCCAGAAUGUACUACCACAGCUGCAGCAGCAGCAACAGCAGCAGCUCAGCACCUCGUUCGAGCUGCUACCCCAGCAACAGCAGCAGUAUCAGCCUCUUCCCCAGCUAAUUCUCCCAGCAGACAAUCACCCAGGGGUCACCCACUGUCUAACAACCACUGCUGUCCCGUCAUUGACACGUCCACCCACCCAACACGACCCCCUAAACCUGUGGGACCAACCCACUCAAAUACCAACCCAUCCACAGCCCACCCACACACCCAUACCUCCCAUGGACCCCAUCCAAAGACCCCUGGCACUUCCAAGAACCCGCCCCGGAGGGUCUAUGGCUCUCUAUGUUCCCCCAAACGGCGGGGAUAUACGGAGAAGACAAAAUAGAGAGUUUGACUUCAAUCAAGCUUUAAAAGACAAUUAUGAGGUCUGGCUUCCACUCCCUAAAGGAACCCCGGGGAUUGGGGACCCCCUGGGACCCCAGGUGGGAUGCAGCAAGGAAGGACACAGCAUGAAGGAUAUGAUGGCAGGGUUUGGGACUGAUCCCCCAAGACAUCCGCCUGUAGUGCAGUUCCCACAGAAGACUGCCUUCCAGGGGGACUUUAAUCUGGGUGUUCACUUCCUCGGCCAGUCCCCUAAACUAGUGGUGAACACAGAGCAGGAUGGUUCACUACGCCUCAAACACAGAGAGAGAAAUAUCCUUCACGAUGGUCAUAGACCAUUUGUCCCACAGACUACUCUCAGACUACUGCUCGUCUACUCCAAGGACUGUGAGGCGUCCCAGCCGGUCCACCCCUGCAAGAACCACCAGGACCCUGUCCAUCCCAAGCACAUGUUAGUGGUGAAGGGUGUGGAUGGGUCAGAGUGGAUGGAGGACCCCCACCCCUCCAUCCUAGUGACCCCUUCACCCACACAUCACCCACACCAGUACAGCAUCCAGCUCAGGUUCCUCUGUAGGAACUCCUGUAUCACCCGUAAGGACCUGACUCUCAUACUUCAGCUGGAGAAGGACUGUGUUGUGGUGGGUCGACUCAGUAUGAGUGUAAAGGUCAGUGCUUGUCCUAAACGUGACUCUGGCAUCCAUCACCGGAAGCCCCUGCAACAACAAGACCUCCCCGUCAAGUUGCAACAACAGGACCCCUCCUUCACCCUCUGCGGACCCCCUAUUCCCCAGAACCCCUCCAGGACCACCCUUCUACCCACUCCGGACCUCCUAUUCCCUCACAACUGGUCCAGGACCACUCCUCCUCUUUCUCCGGACCUCCUAAGCCCCAAGAACCGGUCCAGAACCACCCCUCUACCCUCUUUGAACCCCCUAUCCUCACAGAACCGGUUCAGAACCACCCCUCCACCCUCUCCGGACCCUCUAUCUCCCAAGAACCAGGCCAGACCACUACGGGCCGCCGCAGCAAACACUGGAGCAUUCCCGCAGGCUGCGGUCUCCUCCUGGCGGCAGCCGCAGCCCGAAGGGACCAACCUGCAAGAGGACCAAGACCCAAACAAAACCAGCCAAUCCCAACGUUAACGACAUCGGUGAAGCAGGGAUGGAUGAAGUGGACGCAGUCUUGCGUCAGGAUGAAACAAGGAUGGAUAACGUGGACGCAGUCUUGCGUCAGGAUGAAGCAAGGA